AUCCGUGCCGACAGUCGUAAUCAGAAGUCAUUUGGAUCUCCAUCAUCGACCUCUAAUACUCACGUGUUUAAACACAUCAAUCUUCGUCGGAAAAAUAAUUUCAGGGUUUGGUGAAUUUGUGAUAGCUUGACUACAUCUGUUAAAUGUUUGUUAAGUUAGGAAGCGAACAUAGUGAAACUAUUAUGAACUCUCAUGACAUAAUGGUAUAUACAACAGCUCAAGUGCAAAAGUGUAGUGAAAGUUUGCACAAAGUUUAAGUAGAUACUUAUGUAUAUUAAAACCGACUUUCUACCUUUUUAUUUCUCCCAAGUUCCCAUUGUCUCUUUCGCCAGUUCCGUAAAUUGACACUGGGAAUUUCCCGAAGAUCAGUGAGUAGCUUCAAUGAUUUUUACAACAUGGUACAACGUGGCAAAGUCCUUUGGGCGAUGCUAAUUGCUCUACUGAUUUAUCCGAACGAUAACUUGGGUGGUGCAUUUCAACCGGAAUUUGCAGCCCCAAUCGCUAAUCUCACUGUUCCCUUAGGGAGGGACGCUAUGUUUACAUGUUUAGUAGAACAUUUGGGCGGAUAUAGAGUAGGAUGGGUGAAAGCUGACACAAAGGCUAUCCAAGCGAUCCAUGAUCAUGUGAUAACCCAUAACCCUCGAGUUUUGGUCUCCCACAGUGAUCAUUCAAUGUGGAAUCUUCACAUCAAAGGUGUACAAUUAGAGGAUGCAGGCCUAUACAUGUGUCAAAUAAACACAGAUCCAAUGAAGAGUCAGACUGGAAUGCUUUCCAUCGAAGUACCACCGGACUUCGUGACUGAAGAAACUUCAGGAGACGUGAUGGUUAGUGAAGGUAGUCAGGUGAAGCUGACAUGUCGAGCUAAAGGAAAACCUGAUCCACGUGUCAUCUGGAAACGUGAAGACAAUAAAACGAUCGUUAUUCGAGAACCAGUUAUUUCUGCUAGUGGUCAAAAGUCUAAAGUUUCUUCAGUAAGUGAGUAUCAUGGUGAAGAAUUGAGGCUAACAAAGAUAUCACGACACGAUAUGGGAGCGUAUCUGUGUAUUGCAAGCAACGGAGUGCCACCGGCCAUCAGUAAGCGCAUCACGAUCAACGUUCAUUUUCCUCCAGUAAUUCACGUCCCUAAUCAACUGGUCGGAGCACCGCUGGGUACCGACGUGGCCUUAGAAUGCUUUGUCGAGGCAUCACCCAAGUCGAUCAAUUAUUGGAUGAAAGAUAAUGUCGAAAUGAUCAUCACAAGCACAAGACAUGACGUUCAAGCAAUAACUCAGUCUGCUUUUCAAGUGAAGAUGAUCCUUACUAUCCGAAAUCUGCAGAAGCAGGAUUUUGGAUCAUAUAAAUGUGCCGCUAAAAAUUCACUCGGUGACGUUGAUUUCAGCAUUCGUUUGUACGAAAUAUCAGGACCAUCGAAAUCACAAAAUGGUAUAUUACCAUCGUACAACGAUGAAGAAGAAGAAAUAGAUGGAGAUGUAUUUUAUGGUUCAACAGAUAUUGAAAAAAUGGAAAAUAAAGCGUAUUCAGUUGACAAUACAGUACAGGGACAUAUCGGUAUUCCAUUCGGAGGAGCUUCCAGUCCAUCACCUACUGUGAAAAUAAACAGACGACGACCUGUUUCAGGCACCAGUUCAUCUUCAGGCAAUCGAAUUUCUUCAGCAUCCUCCCUAUCUCUUCUACAUCGUGAUAUUAAUUUUUCAGUGAUUUUAAUUAUUUUUUUAAGAUUUUUUUCACUUUUAUAAAUAUCCUGCUAUUAUAGCUGCAAGACUGGAAGAAAAGAUUAAUAUGAAAAAAAAAAUAUUAAAAUAAAUUAAGUGAAGGAAAAUAUUUAUAAAAAGACUUAAAUAUAUAUAAAUAAAUAUAUUGUGAAUGCUUAAUGUAUAACUCAUUAAACAUAUAGCAUAGUAUUGUUAUUACAAGUGGAGGGAUAGACGAAAACAUAUCGUUAGUAAAUGUUUUAUGUAAUAAAGAUAUUUAUUAUUUGUUAUCAAUAUUUUAAUUUAAAUUAUAAACAACAUGAGAAACUGGGAGCAUACUUGGAUAUUUGUAGUAAAAAUAAUAACAAUGGAAACAAAUUUGACUAAAUAAUUUUUAAAAACUUGGUAAUAUAG